AUGACAUCUUGUCAAAAGAUCCAGCAUAAAGGCAGCAAAUCAGACAGCGAGCAAGUAGAUUCAUCAUUUAUGGUGAGGUGCUUUACAGAAAAUCUUACAACGGGAUGUUGCUACGUUGUCUUGACGAACAAGAAGCAAGUCAAGAGCUACGAGAAGCUCAUUCCAGAGAAUGUGGGGCACAUCAGGUGCCAUGAAUGUCAAAUUCAUGGAGAUGUCGUGCAUGUUCCCCCUGAAGCUCUCCAUCAAACAGUUACUUCUUGGCCUUUCGCCGCUUGGGGGCUCGAUGUAAUUGGGCUCAUAAAUCCACCUUCAUCCAAAGGAAACCAAUAUAUUUUGGCAGUAACAGACUAUUUCUGCAAAUGGACAGAAGCAAUUGCAUUGCGCAAUGUCAAAGAGAAAGAUGUAGUCAAUUUCAUUCGACAUGUGAUAAUAUAUCGUCAUGGCAUCCCGAAGAAGAUUGUUACCGAUAAUAGUAACCCCUUCAAGAAUAGAGACAUGGAGAAAUUAUGUCAAAAGUUUGGUAUUCACUAUUUGUUUUCGACACCUUACUAUCCACCGGUAAAUGGGUUAGUAGAGGUGUUUAAUAAAACAAUCAUGAGGAUACUGAAAAGGACGGUGACUAGAAAUAAGCGAGACUGGGAUGAAAGAUUGCAAGAGGCACUACUAUGGGUGUACAGGACAACCCACCGAACGGCAACAAGUACAACACCGUAUUCACUAGUUUAUGGUGUAAAGGCGGUCAUCCCGAUUGAAAUACGAGUCACGUCACUUAGAGUAGUUGUGCAUCAGUCAAUUACAAAUGAUGAAAAUGUAAAGAUAAGACUAAAAGAAUUGGACCUACUUGACAAGAAGCGUUUGGCAGCUCAGUAG